ACGUUCAUAUAAUGGAGCUUCUCAUCAGCGCAGGUGCGAAUGUCAAUGCAAAGGACCAUGUGUGGCUAACACCAUUGCACAGAGCAGCUGCUUCCAGAAACGAGAGGGCUGUGGGGUUGCUGCUAAGGAAGGGAGCUGACGUUACCGUGCGGGAUAAGUUCUGGCAGACACCACUGCACAUUGCAGCGGCCAACCGAGCCACGCGUUGCGUCGAGGCCCUGCUGCCCCAUGUGAGCAGCCUGAAUAUGGCCGACCGCACGGGCAGAGCACCCUUGCAUCACGCUGCUCAGAGUGGAUACCAGGAG